CGGUUCGUGGACAUUGCUACGUAGUUGCCGACGUGCGCCAUCCGUGAACAUUGCGCUGGCUUACAGCUCGGAAAGGCAGAUUACACAUUCUCUUAUGGGCCUGGCCGCUCUCAGUUUUCUCCGGUCUUCUGAUUUUCUAAGAUCAGUAGUCGUAUGCGCACUAACCCAAACCUUCUCUCUGAUUAAACAAAUUGAAUAAAUAAUUAUCUCAUAAUUAAAAGCAGAAAAAUGGAACAACUUAUCCAGAAGUUACUUUUGCCUGACAACGUCACGAUAUUGCAGGCAACUGCAGAACUUCAACAAGCUCUUAAAGAUCCAAAUAGUAUAUCAGAAUUAUGUCAACUUUUAGUAACAUCGACAAAUUUAGAGGUAAGGCAGUAUGCAGCUCUCAUACUUAGAAGACGUUAUGCUAAACAAAACAACUGGAAAAUGUUACCUGAAUCUAUACGUACUGAAUUUAAAAAAGGUAUUUUACAGGCUUUAAAAAAUGAAUCAGAGAAAUCUGUUAGAAAAGGUAUAGCUCUUUUAAUAGGAGUAAUAGUUACGCAUGAAUUAUCUACCAACAAUUGGCCCGAAGUUAUAGACUAUAUACAACAAUCAGUUACUAGUGAAAACUUACACAUUAUGGAACUAGGUGUUUGUACAUUAUCAAUCAUGACGGAGAUAAGAACAAAUGUCUAUGCUUCACAUGCCAGAUCUUUGACAGUACUUCUUGCUCAAACAUUAAAUAAUUUACAAAAUUUAGGACAUCCAGUUGCUUAUUAUGUUUUGGCAACCUUAAAAAAUCUUGUUCCUCUAAUUCGAGAUGAUAAAAUGAUGGUGAACACUUAUUCUACACUCAUGCCUCAUAUAAUGACUACUAUUCAAGAUCUUUCUAAGUCUCAAUAUGAGGAUAUGGCUAUCAAAAGCUUUGAAUUGCUAGAUGAACUAUGUGAGAAUGCAAAUGCUGUGAUAACGCCUCAUGUAAAACAAUUAAUUAACAUGUGCCUUGAGAUCACCAUUGAUAAAUCUCUAGAUGAAGGCCUCAGAGUUAAGGCAGUUAAUUUUAUUGGUUGGCUGACAAAACUAAAGAAAAAAACUAUUGUGAAGCAUAAAUUGAUACACCCUAUCGUUGAUGUAAUAUUUUCACUGAUAGCUAGUUCGCCACAAAACGAGAAUGAAGACUACAUAAAUUCAGAAAACAACAAUAUUUUAACAAAUGCUACUCUAACUUUAGAUAUGCUUGCGUUGCAUUUGCCGCCGGAAAAAUUACUUCCAUACGUGAUGCAACAUAUUGAAAGUGGACUUCGAGGCGUAGAUGUAUAUACAAAGAGGGCGGCAUACGUAUUGAUGGCCGUACUAGCGGAAGGUUGUUCGGAAUAUAUACGCGCAAACUGUCUUGAAUUUUUCCUACAAGGUAUCUGUCAAGGAAUUACAGAGUCUUCGGACGUGGUGCGUAAUGCCGCACUUUAUGCUCUGGGACAGUUUUCUGAACACCUACAGCCGGAGAUUUCGCACUACGCGUCUGAUUUGUUGCCGGUGUUGUUUGAAUAUCUCAGUCAAGUGUGUUCGUAUAUUAAGCAAGAGAAAAAAGAACCGCCUGCAAUUAGUCGUAUGUUUUACGCACUGGAGCAAUUUUGUGAAAAUAUGAACGACGAAAUCCUACCGUAUCUCCAUGAGUUAAUGAGCAGAUUGUUAGACAUUUUGACAGCGAACACAUGCGGAUUGACACACGUGACUGAAUUAACACUCAGUGCCAUAGGUGCCGCCGCAGAUGCGGCUAAAGAGAAUAUGUUACCUUAUUUUGAAACAAUUGUCAAUAUUCUUAAUGGUUACAUCACCGCGGAGGCAACUGAAGACACUAUGUGUGUUAAAAUUCAAGCAGUUGAUACUUUCGCUAUAAUUGCCAGAUCGAUAGGUAGUCAACACUUUGCGCCAUUGGCGGCUACGUCUCUUGAUUUUGGAAUGAAAUUGCUAAAAACAUAUCCAGAUGAAACAGAUCUUCGGAAAGCUCUCUAUGGAUUGUUUGCUUCGAUAAGUUCUGUAAUGAAAAAAGACAUGGCUCCGGUCUUACCUGAAAUUGUAGAAUAUUUACUAGCGAGUAUACGAAGUUCAGAAGGAAUUGUGCUACAUUGCAAAGAUGAUGAGACAGUCGCGUUAUAUAAUGGAUUUAGCGAUGAAGAAGAAGAAGAAGUGGAAGAAGAAAAUAUUGAACAAUCGGACAAUGAGGAAGAAUAUGAUGAUGAAGAAAUUGAAGGAUAUUCAGUUGAAAAUUCUUACAUCGAAGAAAAAGAAGAAAGUGUAAUAGCUUUGAAAGAUAUUGCCGAGAAUACGGGAGAGGCUUUCUUACCGUAUCUUCAAAGAUCGUUCGAAGAAAUUUUCAAAUUGAUCAAUUAUCCUCAAGAUGACAUACGUAAGGCGAGUAUGGAAGCCUUGGUACAGUUUUGUAUUAAUUUUUCGAAAAUUGAUAACGAAGAAGGCAGACAAUCACUGUUGAAGGCGCUUUCUGUAUUUAUUCCGAAACUAUCUGAGAUAAUUAGACUAGAUGAAGAACCAUCUGUUGCAACUUGCGGUUUGGAAGCGUAUAGUGAGCUUUUAGACGAAAUUAAAUCAAUUGUUAUUAUGGGUGAAGGACAUAAAGAUGCUAUAAUCAAUUGUGUGAUUGAUGUGUUUGCAGGCAAGUUAGCAUGUCAGGAUCAAGAUCAAGAUGAAGAUGAUAAUACUGACGCGGAACAAGAUAAGUAUCUACUGGAUUACGCGUCAACUGUAUUGAUUAACAUCGGAAGGUUGGUCCCACCGGAAGACUUUGCUAUAUGCUUUGAGACCAUAUUGCCAAUGCUUCUAAAACGAUUGAAAAAAAGCGAUGAAUGGCAAAGAUCUGCCGCAGUUGGUACGAUCGCGGAGUGUAUGUCCGGAUUGAGACAUUUGUCGACCGCAUUUGUUUCGCGAUUGCUACCGAUUUUUCUACAAGGUGCGACUCAAGAUUCCGAUAACGAAGUUCGUAGUAAUUGUUUCUUUGCAAUUGGAGAACUUGUUCUUUACGCAAAGGAAGCAGUUUUUCCACAUUAUCCACAGAUAUUGCAAACAUUAUCUCAUGCUAUUUCCAAAGAGACGCAUGAGACUGCACGCGAUAAUGUAAUCGGAGCACUUGCUCGACUUAUUAUCACAAACUAUUCGAGUUUGCCGCUCGAGCAGAUACUUCCAGUUUUUGUUCAACAGUUACCUCUAAAUCUCGAUUGGAGCGAACAUAAAGCUGUUUUUCAGAGCAUUCACACGUUGUAUCAAGCAGGAGUUAAUGUUUUGCAAUCCUAUAUUUCCAGGUUAUUGAGAAUUGCAAUUACCAUACUGCACGAAGAAAAAUAUAAUGAUGAAGAAACAAAAAGACUUAUCAUAGAAUUUAUCCAGUGUGCGCAGCGAGAUUUUCAGAAUGACUGGAAUAAAAUUUACUCUGAAAUGCGUUUGGAAGUUCAACAGCUAGAUCAAGAUUUUUCAAGACCUCGGUUUGGUAAUAAUUUAAUAACAUGAAUAAGAUUUUGGAAUAUAUAAUAAGUGUAUAUAUCUUUCAUGCGUUUCCGCGAAAAUGCUAUUACGUUAUACUUAAAAUAUUGAAAAAGAACAGGACAAUAUACAGUGUAAAACGUUUGGAAAAUAUUAUUAAAAAACUUCAACAACUACUGUGUGACUUGUGUAGAUCGCUGUUCAACUCUUACUGAUAUUAUUGAUUAUAUGCAGUUCUUAAACUCACGACGUAAUAUGACAUGUUCCUUAUCUCAGAAACACAUUAUUUUAUUUACGAUCAUGAAUUUAGGAACAACUUGUAUAUCUAAAUUCUUGUUAUUUUGUCAAUUUCAAUAGAGUUUUUAAUUUAAAAGUAUAUCAACUUUUUUUUCUGCAAUCAAUAAUUCACUGUUUCAUCUUUAAGCAACACAUUACUUUUUGAUUUGAAUUUGAUGUAUAAAAUUUUAAUUUUAAAUUGAAUUUUACAAACAAAAUUUUUAUUUUCUUAUAUAUAUUAAAAUUUCUUAAAAAUAAAUUAAAAACAAUGAGUGAGAUUAUUAUUGAAUGACAUGACUUUUACUAAUUUAAAAUAGUUACUCUUUUGUAGAAAAUACACAAACUACGAAGUAAGAAAAUUUAUUAAUGAUGAUAAUUAAACACUAAAAUUUAUCUGUUUUCUUUGUAAUUAUAUAUUUUGUCAUAUUUGUCAUUUUUACGAUUAUAUGUGUCAUCAACAGUUCAUUUCAGCCAAUGACUGUUUAUUGUACAUAGAAACUAUGCAAACAGUCAUUUUAUAAAAUUAGUAAUAUAGUUUUUAGUUGCGAGUUAAAAAGUGAUUUUAUAUAGUUUGCUGUGUGUGUGUGUGACAAACACUUAGUAUUAAUGCUAGCAUUACUUGCAUGUAAAGCGUGAAAUUAAAAUGUUUCCUUCAACCAAAAAUGUACUAUGUAUUAAAUAUAAGGAUAAAAAAGAAGUGUAUAUAAAAGU